GUUUCAUCAUGAGGAACAACAAAAUACUGUAGGAAUUUACGAAUACAGAAUGUAACACCGUGCAAAGAGGAUUUUGUUGUCUUUUAAAUUGAAAUUUGCUUUUAACAUCCCAGAACCUUCCGAGUUACUUGCGCGACUCUCAAGUCAUUCCAGUGAGACCAGCGCUAACCAGUUCAGCUGUGCACGUAAGCGGAUCUGAUGCGUUCACGGAGAGAAAAGGGUUCUGUCAGUUUGCUGACACCACCGAGUGAAUUGUGCGUGUUGUAGGCGCAGUCCCCUUCCACGUUGUGCGUUACUCCAGACCAGUUGUUGCGCCGCGGUCGGAGGCGCUCAGCGGGAGGAGGAGGAGGAGGAGGAGGAGGUCCGGUGAGUCGCGCGCUCAGCCUAACUAACUAACGGCUAACGGGCGCUUGGAGGGCGUUCAUCUGAUCUCAUCUCGUCUGAGUUCAUCCGAAACGAGUUGUGUCAGGACUUGCGCGUCAAAGCCGAAGGUGGAAGAAAUGUCCCGUCCAGUACAAUGAGUGCCAGUUGGUCGCGAUCAAGAGAAGUCCUCUUAUGACACCCAACAGUGCAAUAUUGAUGAGCGAUUCCGAGACGUCUGUGGAUUCCCUAAAGAGUGGAUCGCACGCGCUGAGCAGCAUGAGAAACCCGUGGCGGUGGCCCCGGGGCGCCGUGUUGGAAUACUGGACAGUGCUCAUGGUGUGCCUUGUUUGGAUUCAGUGCACUUGCGGGAUGCCGCAUGUCAUACGGAUAGGAGGGAUUUUUGAACAAACAGAUGGGCCAGUCUCACUUGUUAGUGCAGAGGAACUGGCCUUUAAAUUUGCUGUCAAUAACAUCAACAGAAACAGGACAUUAUUGCCAAACACAACAUUAACAUAUGACAUCCAGCGGAUUAAUAUCUACGAUAGCUUUGAGGCCUCAAGGAAAGCUUGUGACCAGCUGUCUUUAGGUGUUGUGGCCAUAUUUGGGCCAUCACAUAGCUCCUCGUCAAAUGCAGUACAGUCCAUCUGCAAUGCACUGGAGGUUCCGCACAUCCAAGUAAGGUGGAAACAUCACCCAAUGGACAACAGAGACGCAUUUUAUGCCAACUUGUACCCAGACUACUCCUCCCUCAGCUAUGCCAUCUUGGACCUGGUGCAAUUCCUCAAGUGGAAAACAGCAACUGUGGUGUAUGAUGACAGCACUGGUUUGAUUCGACUCCAGGAGCUAAUCAUGGCCCCAUCUAGGUACAAUAUAAGGCUGAAGAUCCGGCAACUCCCUCUGGACACUACUGACACCCGUCCGCUUCUGAAGGAGAUGAAGAGGAGCCGAGAGUUCCGCAUCAUCUUUGACUGCAGCCAUAUCAUGGCUGCACAGAUUCUUAAACACGCCCAGAUGAUGGGAAUGAUGACAGAGUACUACCACUACAUCUUUACUACUCUGGAUCUUAUGGCCAUCAAUCUAGAGCCUUACCGUUUCUGUGGUGUCAAUAUGACCGGUUUCCGCAUCCUAAAUGUGGAUAAUCCUCAAGUGGCUUCCAUUGUGGAGAAAUGGUCCACAGAGAAGCAGAUCCCUCCAAAACCUGAUUCUGGUCUGCUGGAAGGAAUUAUGACGACAGAUGCUGCUCUGACAUAUGACGCGGUCCACAUUGUAUCCGUCUCCUACCAGCAUGCACCACAGAUGACAGUCAACUCACUGCAGUGUCACCGCCACAAGCCCUGGAGGUUCGGCGGCCGCUUCAUGAGCUUUAUUAAGGAGUCUCAGUGGGACGGCCUGACCGGACGUUUGUGUUUCAACAAAACCACUGGCCUGAGGACAGAUUUUGACUUAGACAUCGUAAACCUGAAGGAGGACGGCCUGGAAAAGGUGGGAAAGUGGAGUGCUUCAGGAGGCCUGAACAUCACAGAGCUCCCUAAGAGGAAUGGCAUGAACAUCACUGACUCACUCUCCAACCGCUCUCUGGUCAUCACUACAAUACUGGAGGAACCAUAUGUCAUGCUUAAGAAGUCUGACAAGGCACUUGUUGGAAAUGACCGCUUCGAGGGCUUCUGCAUUGACCUGCUGAAGGAACUGGCUGGUAUUCUGGGGUUUUCUUAUGAUAUCCGUUUAGUGCCUGAUGGCAAAUAUGGCUUCCAGGAUGACAAGGGGCAAUGGAAUGGCAUCAUAAGAGAGCUUAUGGAGCAUAGAGCAGAUUUGGCUGUAGCUCCCCUUACCAUCACCUUUGUGAGAGAGAAAGUGAUCGACUUCUCAAAGCCAUUCCUGAACACAGGGAUCAGCAUCCUUUUCCGCCGUCCAAACAAUACCAACACCGGCUUCUUCUCCUUCCUCAAGCCUAUGACCCCAGAUAUCUGGGUCUACAUUCUGCUGGCCUACCUUGGUGUUAGCUGCGUGCUGUUUGUCAUUGCCAGAUUUAGCCCUUAUGAGUGGUAUGAUGCCCAUCCAUGCAACCCAAGCUCUGAUGUGGUGGAGAACAAUUUUACACUCCUGAACAGCUUCUGGUUUGGCGUAGGAUCCCUCAUGCAGCAAGGUUCUGAGCUGAUGCCCAAAGCUCUCUCCACACGGAUUAUUGGGGGCAUCUGGUGGUUCUUCACCCUUAUCAUUAUCUCCUCCUACACAGCCAACUUGGCAGCUUUCCUCACUGUGGAGAGAAUGGAUUCUCCUAUUGACUCUGCUGAUGACCUGGCCAAACAGACCAAAAUUGAAUAUGGUGUAGUAAAAGAUGGAGCUACUAUGUCAUUUUUUAAGAAAUCAAGAGUCUCAACAUUUGAAAAAAUGUGGGCCUUCAUGAGCAGUAAACAGAGCACAUCGCUUGUCAAGUCUAUUGAAGAUGGCAUCCAAAGGGUUCUGAAAUCCGAUUAUGCCCUGCUUAUGGAGUCUACAACCAUUGAAUAUGUGACUCGCAAGAACUGUAACCUAACCCAGUUUGGAGGCAUUAUUGACAGCAAGGGUUAUGGCAUUGGCACCCCUAAAGGCUCACCGUACAGGGACAAAGUGACUAUAGCCAUCUUGAGCUUGCUGGAGGAUGGACGCCUACACAUGCUGAAGGAGAAAUGGUGGAGUGGAAGCAGUUGUCAGGAAGAUGAACGCUAUGAAACAGGCCCGAUGGGCAUCCAGAACCUAGGUGGCAUCUUCAUUGUGCUGGCCUCAGGCCUGGUGCUUUCUAUUUUUGUAGCUAUAGGGGAAUUUAUCUACAAACUUCGGAAAACAGCAGAACGUGAACAGGUCUUUCUGCAGUGCAGUGGUGGAAGAGAUCAAACUGUCGUUCACGUGCGAGAGAAGAGUGAAACACAAGCGACACCAUGCACCACCCGUGGCGAAGACGGACGCCGUGAUCAACAUGCACACCUUCAACGAGCGCCGUCUACCGGGAAAGGACAGCAUGAGCUGCAGCAGCGCUGCAAUGACGCCCGUGUUUCCAUGACAUGCCUGGGUGACGGUCACCUGAGGCACAUGCCCAGUGCUGUGCCUGAGAGUAUGGACUAUGGCUCUGAAAUGAUAACUGCAUUCACCCUCAACCGCAGAGACACCCGCAACCACAUAGCCAAGCAGAACGGUGGCGCGAGCAACAACCCAGGUAAUGACCAUGUCCUCAAGCCCAUGUAUCCCACCAUGCCACUGAGGGAGGGAGGACGCUCUGUUUCCUUUCUCUGAGACAGAAAAAGAACAAUGAGGCCAGAGCUAGCUGAGACUGAGUCUGAUCUUUAUGUAUGAAAAACAAACACAUGUUCACCAUCCAUACAAUGGAAAUCAAGGAGUGCUCAGUAAACCCAUCCCCAUCCCUGAACCUCCACCCCAAUCCCACGCAUACAUAGAAGAAAAGAGACAAGCAAUCCAUUGGAAGAAAUGAUUUAAGAGAGAUAAGAGGCUUCUUUGAAGUAAGGCAAUAAAAGAACUCCAAACUGAAAUAAGGGUCGUAGAUUUUUAACCUGGAGUACCAUUUAUAGUGCAUCAAUUUAAUUUUGAAAAUUUGUGUUCGCACUGUUUUUAUUUGGGUUUGGAAAGCACUGAGGGUCUUUGGCGCUACUCAAGAGAAUUUGUUUUGGGCUACAUUAUUCAAAUCUGUUGAACCUUUUAUUUAAUUUGAAAUUGUAGAUUAUAUUAUUGUUAAUAUCUGCAGUUAGUCACAGCCUGCAAAGCUCUCGAUCUGCAUUUCCAAGAAGGCUACAGAGAAGGUGGCCUCCUUCCUGGUUGACAGAUUGAAUGCACAAAACAAACAGGGUUGACAUAAUUCAAACUAGCAAAGCAUAUUGUUUUUUGAAUUAACAGACUUGUUCCCCACCUCCAUGGAAUUACAGUAAUAAAGGUUCUGAACGCUGUGCUUCGUCUUAUCAUAGUGCCGUGACUAAAUUCAAUUUGUUUGUGCUCUACAUCGCUUGUGCCACCAGAUGUUUUGUACACAUUCGAUGAUAAUGAGAUGACUGAUUAACAUAAUAAUUGCCAAAGAUCCAUCCAUAAAAAAUGUUAGAUAUUUAAAUGCACCAUCCAUUCUAAAAGUGCAGAGAAUAAGACUGAUUGGUAAACUGUUUAUUGUGCAUAUUCGCUUACACAUUUUUCAUAUGUUUUAAUGUCUCAUCUUAAGGCAUAAUUGCUAACCACAUAAUAAUAAGAUAUGAUGCAGCCUACUACAUUUGCCAUAAUUCAGUAAGCAAAAACAAAUUUCUCAUUAACUUCUGUGUGGUAGUAAUUUGCAUUCUGCAUAACACAUUCACUUUUUUCCAUUUCAAUUCAAAUAGAAACAUAUUUAUAGAGAUGCAUAAAUACAUCUAAUUAAAAAUCUGCCUAAUGUUUGGAUAUUAGAUUUUCUAUUCAGAAUGGCCUUUGUUAAUAGCAUUUGCAGUACGACAUUAGCACACUAUGUAUCCGGGCUUUUCAUUUAUUUCUGUAGUUGUCUGGGUCAUUGAGUGAAGUGACUUGUAAAGAGGAUGAUAAAAGAAAAUAAAAGGUCAUUAUGUUGUAAUUUCCAUUAUGUACAAUAUUAGAACAGGAAAGCACAUAUCUACAUUCACAAAAAAAUUGCCACUGUCCAAUAACCUACAGCCUGCACUGUUGGUGCGACAUUCCCACAAUGUACAUUUAAAGCAGUGACCCUCCUUUCAUUGUGUGUGUGUGUGUGUGUGUGUGUGUGAGUGUGUGUGUGUGUGUGUGUGUGUGUGUAAAUGUAUGUGUAUGCAUGCAAGUAUGUGUGCAUUUCAUCUACAAAAUCUCUAAAUGCUUAAUGGCAUUGGCUCUUUCGUAGCCUUUAGCCGUUAUUCAUUUUGCAGGCAUGAGCUAAAAGCUCUGCAGCAGCAGUAAGGCUUUUAGCAUGCUAUAUGUGAAGACGUGAUGCAGUCCACAAUGAUGCUGAAAGUAGCAUCCUGAUUUUUUUAUUUGCCACUUUUGAGGGCUCAUUGCAGCCUCGGGCUUUGCCAAAUGGGAUUCCUCAGAACUAAGUCAAAACCAUAAUGAUUGGAUUUCUUAUACAGCGACAAAAAAGGACCCUUUUUAUACUAGUCUUAUUUCUCCUAGACAGUGACCAACAUUAAGUGGCUGAUUUUAUAGACUGCAUUAGCUUAGGUCCAGUGUCUAAGGUUUCCUUAGUUUGUGUAGAUGUGACAAACAAUACAGAUGACCAGUGUUAGCAUUAUGAGAAGUAGGUGCUAAGAGUCUUGCUGCCUUUUCAGGUAGCUCAAGAGACUGCAUACCUCUGUGAGGUAAAUAUAAAGGACAGUGUCAAAAAAAAACAAAAAAAAAAAACAGACAAAAACAAAACAAAAAAAAAACAUCUUGUGUUCGGUAUUUUUAUUGCCAAUAAUGUAACAAUCAAAAUAACUCCAAUCCAUGUGACUUGGUGUUGAUGCGGUGAAAGCUCAUUGUGUAUGUGCCAUUCAAAUUUAAUGUAAUUUUCACACCCUCUUGCAAAGUAGACUAUAUAUUAGAUGAAAUGGAGAAUUAUUGUAUUUUGCUAAAUACUGAUUUUUACCUGUAAAUUGUCUUCUUUAUUUCCCAGCACCAUUUGUUUUUAAUGUCACAUGCUGUAUCAGAAAUUGUACAUGCAUUUUGUAGUAUAGGAUCUGAUAUAUGGCUAUACUUAAGAGAGAACUUAGAGGACAGUGAUUUUAUUACCCAAGGUACAUGUUCAUUACCACUGAAUGAUAGCAGUAUCGUGUGAGCAAAGGAAAUGUUGUAAUGUAUGUAAUCCCCCUUUAACAUAUUCAUAUUUGGGUGUACAUAAAUAAAGAACUGAAUUUUAUGCUCAGUGCAGUAUAGCUGUCAUUGAUUUGAAGGAAAAUUAUGAUUUCCAUGAUUUCUUUCUGCAGCACUGUUUAUGGCUCUUUGGGAUAGCAACUUUGUAUCACUUUAAAAUGCAUAAUAGAUUUUAUUUUGCACAGAUAUUGAAAUAUCUGGCUCCAAAUGGGAGACUUGAAUGUGGUAUGAUGCCUUUAUUCUAAAAGAAUACAAAAUAUGAUAAGAAAUAAAGUAUCUACAAAUAACAAUGGCAGAUCAUUCAAACUGGUGAUCUCAGUUACUUAUGGAAAUGAAGUGAAGAUGCUAUUAAACUAUCUUUCACAUUUAAGGUUACCAGAUGUUGUGGUAUCAUAAGUAUUUUGUAGAUUUUUUUUAGUGCAUCCAGUUGUGGAAUAAAAGUUUGUAAAUUUGUUGCUAUCUGAAUUUCUUAAUGAAUGGCUUCUGUAGUCUGAUUUAAGUCAUUAUUAUAAAGAUUCAUUAUGCAACAGACACCACUCAACAUUUCAGAGAAUCAUUACAUAAAUGGGUUAAAUAGUCAGUCAUUACAAAAAAAAUAAAAUUAAAAAAAAAAAAUGGAAUCUUUUUUUAUUGGCAAUAAUCUGAACCAAAUGCUUUAUGUAGCUGCUGAUCAGCCAUACACAAUUCCAUACAAAAGCUUUUCCAUUUAAUCUAAAUCUUUAGGACGUCUUCAUGAGGGUUUGUGUUUUUUUAUCGUUUUCAUCACUUCAAUAACAUACUUCUUGUAACAGCCAUUCAUACAGAAAUCUAGACCAGUUCCAAUGUGUUCACAAACUUUUCACACAGCUGUAAGCCCAAUUAUCCUUACACUGUGAGCAAUUCAUUUCGUUACUUAAUUGUAUUAUUUACUGUGGCACAGUGUAAAGACCACAUUAAUCAAAUAUUUCUGUAACCUUUAUGAACAAACUAUUACGAAGUGACAUUUUUCUGUAUUGAUUGCUUAAAACUUAAAAUAGAACAUUUAGUUUGAGUAUUUGAAUCAGUCCUAUUUAUGGAACAUAAACCUCUAUUUUAUAAAAGAAUUAUUAAACAAUGUGAAUGCUGUUGUUUUGUAAGAUUACAUGAAACAAAAGAAAA